AAUUAAUCCGUAUACCAGCCCAUUUUCCAUUCCUGAAAAAAAAAAAAAAAAGAAGCUCACCCCCACACAGUCGGCGCCAUUUUCAACAAACCCACCAACCCAAGCCAAAAGCAUCCAUUACGCGAUUACCAAACACCCGAAAAAAGGUGUAAAUUUCGUUCGGCGGCGGAGAAUGGGGGUGGCGGCGAAAAUAGCACCGUCGAUGCUGUCGUCGGACUUCGCCAAUUUGGCGUCGGAGGCCCAACGCAUGCUCGAUUUCGGCGCCGAUUGGCUCCACAUGGACAUCAUGGAUGGGCACUUUGUCCCAAAUCUUACAAUUGGAGCACCAGUCAUUGAGAGUUUGCGAAAGCACUCCAAAGCAUAUUUGGAUUGUCAUCUUAUGGUUACAAAUCCUCUUGAUUAUGUUGAGCCUUUGGGAAAAGCUGGUGCUUCUGGUUUCACUUUCCAUGUUGAGGUUUCUAAAGAGAAUUGGCAAGAACUUGUCCAAAGGAUAAAGUCAAAGGGCAUGAAGCCUGGUGUGGCUUUAAAGCCUGGGACACCAAUUGAAGAAGUUUAUCCUCUGAUUGAAGCAGAAAAUCCCGUGGAAAUGGUCCUUGUUAUGACUGUCGAACCUGGAUUUGGCGGGCAGAAGUUCAUGCUGGAGAUGAUGGAUAAGGUGCGCACAUUGAGAAAGAAGUACCCUGCUCUUGAUAUUGAGGUAGAUGGCGGUUUAGGGCCCUCAACCAUCGAAGCGGCUGCAUCAGCAGGAGCAAACUGCAUUGUAGCAGGGAGUUCAGUGUUUGGAGCUGCUGAGCCAGCACAUGUAAUAUCCCUCUUGAGAAAUAGCGUUGAGGAGGCCCAAAGAAACAGUUGAAUGUUCGUAUAGGCUCAAGGCCAUUGAUGAAUUAUAUUUGAUACUCUAGACUAUACAUACAUGCAUCGAGAGUGUACUUUACUUUUAACGAUUGUUUUUGAUUUACGAUUUUUGAGUGUUGUAUCUCUCUAAAUGCAAUAAAAGCUAAUUCAGCUUUUAAGUGAUA